CUCUCCCCGCCCCCUUCGGCGAGUAUUGCGCAUGCGCACUGUGCACACCUCUCUCCUUCACCGUGUCCUACUUCAGUCCGAACAGAAGCGCCGUGCUUAGUGCUUCUCACAACGAAACGACGCCAUGGCUGUUCCUCCUGCGUACGCCGACCUGGGCAAGUCCGCCAAAGACAUCUUCUCCAAGGGCUAUGGUUUCGGGACCGUGAAGCUGGACCUGAAGACAAAGUCCCAGAGUGGAGUUAUGGAGUUCAACACCUCUGGCUCCAGCAACACAGACACAGGUAAAGCUGCUGGUACCCUGGAGACCAAGUACAAGGCCAAGGACCUGGGCCUGAGCUUCAGCCAGAAGUGGAACACUGACAACAACCUGACGUCCGAGAUCACCCUGGAGGACCAGUUGGCUCAGGGGCUGAAGCUGACCUUCGACACGUCAUUUGUGCCAAAUACGGGGAAGAAGAGCGGGAAGCUGAAGACUGGGUACAAGCGGGACUACAUGAACCUGGGCUGCGACGUGGACUUCGACUUCGCGGGCCCCACGGUGCACGCCGCCGCCGUGCUGGGGUACGAGGGCUGGCUGGCGGGGUACCAGAUGGCCUUCGACACCGCCAAGUCCAAACUGGCGCAGAACAACUUCGCCCUGGGCUACAAGGCCGGGGACUUCCAGCUGCACACCAACGUGAAUGAUGGGACGGAGUUCGGCGGCUCCAUCUACCAGAAGGUGAGCGAGCAGCUGGAGACGGCGGUGAGCCUGGCCUGGACCGCCGGCAGCAACAACACCCGCUUCGGCAUCGGUGCCAAGUACCAGCUGGACAAGGACGCGUCGCUGUCUGCCAAAGUGAACAACGCCAGUCUGGUGGGAGUCGGGUACACACACACCCUCAGGCCAGGAGUGAAGGUCACUCUCUCCGCGCUGGUCGACGGCAAGAACUUCAACGCCGGGGGACACAAGGUGGGGCUCGGGUUCGAGCUGGAGGCGUAGGGAGGGCGGAGAACCGGGAAACAAGGAACCCCUUGGCGAAGAGCUGGGAGAACGAGUCACCAAGACCCAGAGUCCCCUCCGAGCGAGGAACCACACACACACAUGCACACACACACACAUGCACACACACACACACACAUGGAUACAGACACACACACACACACACAGACAGACACUGUAACACACACACAGAGCACAGUUUUGGCCUUAACCCUGAAGUCCUCAGUACACCUCCUGAUAAACCCGUACUGCAACAAAACCUGGCGAGGCUCGCACUCCUUGCAGGUUUCCAUGCCGACUGCCGACCUCCAUUGUGAUGUCACUCCGGUAACACGGCCUCUGUCUCUCACCAGUUGACCCGGAAAUAUUUAAGUGGAUAUGGGAGAAACUGUAUGCAGUUUUGAUUAGAUGUUUUUUUUCAUAGGUGGGAUGGAUAGAAGGCAGUUUGUGUAGGAGAGCAUGGCCUGUCUUUCAGGGGGGGGUUUAUUGCAUCUUUACCUGUAGCUUUGAUUUUGUUGUUAAUUCACCUGCCUGUGUUUGUGCAGAAGAGAUGAAAGUCAGUUUUUUUUUUUUCUUUUCUUUUUUUGUGCUAUUGAUUCAAACAGCAUAUCAAUGAAGCCUGGGAGUUGUGUUGUUGAAGCGGUGACUUGUUUUUAAAUAAAAUACUACUUUAAAUCAA